AUGGCGGCCGGCAGCAGGGGCGGAUGCGACUCAAGCGAGAUGCAGCCGAGGUCCAAACUGGGUCCGAGAGCUGCUCCUCCGACCGGGCUGGCCCGGGGCGGGGGGUGGCAGGCGGCGGGGCGUUCCUUGCGUUUCGCCGCCGGCUUCGCUCCCCUCCCAGCCCGCUCCUUUCCCCCCGACCACCCCCGGGGCCGCCGCCGCGGCCCGGCCCGCCAGCGAGACGCCGGGCCGGUAACGGUCGUUGGGGGGCUUAGCGCGCGCUUCGCGGUCACGGACUGGAGAGGGGACGGGGGGGGAGGGAAGUGCGCGCAAAGCGAGACCCAGCGGCACAACUUGGGCGUCGAGUACCUGAAACUUGGUAAAAAAGUUAACGAAGGUAAAACGAAAGAGGUGUACGAGCUGCCGGACAUGCCGGGGUGCGUGCUUAUGCAGUCGAAAGACCAAAUAACGGCGGGGAACGCGGCCAGGAAGGACCGCAUGGAGGGGAAGGCUGCCAUUUCCAACACCACGACCAGCUGCGUCUUCCAGCUCCUCCAGGAAGCCGGAAUCAAAACGGCUUUUGUCAGGAAACAGAGUGACACGGCAUUCAUAGCAGCUCACUGUGAAAUGAUCCCAAUUGAAUGGGUGUGCAGAAGAAUUGCUACUGGCUCCUUCCUCAAAAGAAACCCUGGUGUCAAAGAAGGAUAUAAGUUUUACCCACCCAAAAUUGAGAUGUUUUACAAGGAUGAUGCUAAUAAUGAUCCACAGUGGUCUGAGGAGCAGCUAAUUGAAGCAAAAUUCUGUUUUGGUGGACUUACUAUUGGCCAGACUGAAGUGGAUAUUAUGGCUCGUUCUACUCAAGCUAUUUUUGAGAUCCUGGAAAAAUCAUGGCAGCCCCAAAACUGCACUCUGGUAGACCUGAAGAUUGAAUUUGGUGUUAAUGUUCUGACAAAAGAAAUUGUUCUUGCUGAUGUUAUUGAUAACGAUUCAUGGAGGCUGUGGCCAUCAGGAGACAGAAGCCAGCAGAAGGACAAACAGUCCUAUCGGGACCUGAAAGAAGUGACUCCUGAAGCACUGCAAAUGGUUAAGAGAAACUUCGAAUGGGUUGCAGAAAGAGUGGAGUUGCUUCUGAAAACAAAGAGCCAAGGUAGAGUUGUGGUGUUGAUGGGAUCCCCUUCUGACCUCAGUCACUGUGAAAAAAUAAAAAAGGCAUGUGCAACCUUUGGAAUUCCUUGUGAGUUAAGAGUGACCUCUGCUCACAAAGGGCCAGAUGAAACCCUGAGGAUCAAAGCAGAAUAUGAAGGAGAUGGAAUCCCAACAGUGUUUGUUGCCGUAGCUGGCAGAAGCAACGGUUUGGGGCCAGUAAUGUCUGGUAACACUGCUUACCCAGUUGUCAACUGUCCUCCGCUCUCAGCUGACUGGGGUACCCAGGAUGUGUGGUCCUCUCUCAGACUACCCAGCGGUCUUGGCUGUCCUACUACUCUGUCACCUGAAGGAGCUGCCCAGUUUGCUGCCCAGAUAUUUGGGUUAAACAACCAUUUGGUGUGGGCCAAACUGCGAUCAAACAUGUUAAACACCUGGAUCUCCUUGAAGCAGGCUGACAAAAAACUUCGGGAGUGCACCUUGUAAGUCAUACUAACAAGUAACUCUUAUUAGUUACGCAAAGAUAAUGGCGUGCAUAUUCUUCGUAUUAGGAUUUACAUUUGGAUGAGCUCAAAAGUCCUGCAUCCUUUCUUAUGGAAGAAAGCAUUUUUAGAGCAGCAGAUAAAAUCUGUUGUGUCCUAAUCCUUCCCAUGUGUAUUUUUUUUUAAUAUAACAACUUAGUAAAAGAUGGGGAAGUAGUAUUUUAGGUAUGUCUUUCUGUUGCUCCAAAA